GUUCCCGGCACAGCUGAGGGGUGGAGGCCACGGAGGGCUGGUGGCCCUGGCCGCCGGCCCGGGCUCUGCUGGCUGGUCAACACCCCUUCUGACCCUGGUUUGCGGGGUCAUAGGGCGUGGCCUCGGGGUCCCAGAAGCCUGCCGUCACAGUGCCACGUGUCACGGCAGAAGUUGUGGAGUGGGGACACCCAGGAGGGGACAAGCUGGAGCACGGGCUGGCAGCCGUGUGGGGCAGGCAAGGCCCCCUCUUUGGACACUAUGCUUCGGCCCUCCGGUGACCGAGGCGCGUGCUGGCCCAGCACCCGGCCGAGAUCCCAAGAGUCGGACCCAGUGCCCUCGGGUCUCCACCUGCACCUGGCCAGCCGCCCACGCUGGUUUCCAGCCGGCCCCUUCUGGAGAAGCUUCUGGAAGCUUGCAUCCAGGCCAGAUCAGCCCAGCUGGCGAACCGGCCUCCUCCGGCCUCGAGAGGGCCCUUGCCCACGCUUGGGUUUAGUGGUGCCAGGGCUGGGCCUCAGGCCCCAGCGGGACUUCCACUUCCCUGCGCCCCGCCUCCCGGGCCCUGCCAGGCAGGCGAAUCAGAAGGCAGCCCCAGAGACUGGCUCCCUCGGGGAGGACCUGCUCGGGCUCUGUGGAGCUAACCAGCACCAGCAGGAAGUGUGCGGCUUUCCUCCCGGGCUGCCGACGGCACCUCCUCCUGUCCGUCGGAUCAGGGUGGCCUGGGCUGGCCAGCGUCCCACUGCACGGGUGCCCCUCAAGGACCCUGAGACAGCCGUCCAGAGCGCAGCCAGCCACCACCAUGUCGGACUACGAGAACGAGGACGAGUGUUGGAGCGCCCUGGAGAGCUUCCGCGUGAAGCUCAUCUCCGUCAUCGACCCCUCACGCAUCACGCCCUACCUGCGGCAGUGCAAGGUGCUGAACCCCGAUGACGAGGAGCAGGUGCUCAGUGACCCCAACCUGGUCAUCCGCAAGCGGAAAGUGGGCGUGCUCCUGGACAUCCUGCAGCGGACCGGCCACAAGGGCUACGUGGCCUUCCUCGAGAGCCUGGAGCUCUACUACCCGCAGCUGUACAAGAAGGUCACCGGCAAGGAGCCCACCCGCGUCUUCUCCAUGAUUAUCGACGCAUCCGGGGAGUCGGGCCUGACACAGCUGCUGAUGAGCGAGGUGCUGAAGCUGCAGAGGAAGGCUCAGGACCUGACGCAGCUGCUGAGCUCCAAGGACGACCUCAUCAAGGAGCUGCGGGUGAAGGACAGCCUGCUGCGCAAGCACCAGGAGCGCGUGCAGCGGCUCAAGGAGGAGCUGGAGGCGAGCAGCCGCGAGCUCAAGCGCUGCAAGGACGAGAACUACGAGCUGGCCAUGCGCCUGGCCCGCCAGAGCGAGGAGAAGGGCGCCGCGCUCAUGCGGACCCGCGACCUACAGCUGGAGAUCGAGCGGCUCAAGCACAGCCUCAUGAAGGCGGAGGACGACUGCAGGGUAGAGCGCAGACACACGCUGAAGCUCCGCCACGCCAUGGAGCAGCGGCCCAGCCAGGAGCUGCUGUGGGAGCUGCAGCAGGAGAAGGCCUUGCUGCAGGCGCGCGUGCAGGAGCUGGAGGCCGCUUCUCAGGAAGGAACGCCGGACAAGAGCAGCCCGUACAUCCAGGUGCUGGAGGCGGACUGGAGGCAGGCGCUGCGGGAGCACCAGGAGAAAGCCAACACCAUCCUGUCCCUGCGCAAGGAUCUGCGACAGGGCGAGGCUCUGCGCGCCCGGUGCGUGGAGGAGAAGGAGGUGUUCGAGCUGCAGUGUCUGGCCCUACGGAAGGACUGCGAGAUGUACAAGGACCGCAUCGCGGCCGUCCUGCAGCAGAUGGAAGAGGUCGCCUCCGAGAGGGACCAGGCCAUCGCCACGCGGGAGGAGCUGCACACACAGCACUCUCGGAGCCUGCAGGAGAAGGAUGCGCUGCGAAAGCAGGUCCGCGAGCUGGCCGAGAAGGCCGACGAGUUGCAGCUACAGCUGUUCCAGUGCGAGGGCCAGCGGCUGGCCCUGGAGGGCAGGCUCAAGCGGCAGCAGCUGGAGAUGCUCGUCCUGAGCUCUGACCUGGAGGACAGCUCACCCAGGAACUCCCAGGACGUGAGUGUGAACCUCAGGCUCUCGCUACCCCCGGACCUGGAGGCCACCCGGCUGUCGGACAAAGGUGGCCCCGCCAACAGGGACAGCCCACAGCAGCCCCCUGAGGCUCUGCAGGAGGAACCGCUUCCACUGAUCCCCAACAACGCCGGCCUGAGCGGCGGCGAGCCCCCGGAAAAGGAGCGGCGGCGCCUCAAGGAGAGCUUCGAGAACUACCGCAGGAAGCGCGCCCUCAGAAAGCUGCAGCACGGCUCGAGGCAGGGGGAGGCGGACUGGGAGAACACCACGGGCAGCGACAACACCGACACGGAGGGCUCCUAGCCAGCCCGGCAGGCGAGGAGGACGGGGCGCCGAGCCCGAGGGGCGCAGGCACGCCGGCGCCCACGCACCGUGAUUUGCACAGGCGUGCUCUGUGCGACGCAGAUGCGUGCAGCAGUGUCAGAAAUGCGGUUUCAUAAAUAAAGGACUGCCGUCCCAGCA